UUUGUUAAGCUUUCAAUAAUGUUGAGUUAAUAGCAGUAUAUAACGAUAAUAAACUUUGAAAGAAGUCUCAGGAUCAUCCUCUUGAACACUAUUAGAACAAACAUGCUUUUUUAUCUAGUCUCUUUCCAUCUUUCAAUAGAUAACUCAAGCGUAAACGCCGUACGCUUUUAUCAGUGGGUGAAAAAGUUGCAUAGCCGCGAAAUUAAUACAAGGGAUACGAACGUACCACCAGACACAUCCGUCCAAAUCAUCUUCAUCAGAUUGGCCAUCAAGUGCUUGAUGAUCAUUUGAUGGAGCUGUUGUCGAACAGCUGAUUCUUCCAGAUGGUAUAAGCGAGCGGGCGCUGAAGCAAUCUUAUCUCGAAUGUUAUUACACGUAGCCUUAGUGUUUAAUACAAAUAUAUAGAUGUACCCUGUGCGCUCGCCAUUGAUUACCAAUAGUCAACUGAAGGUGAGCAUUCUUGUGUCACGAAAAUGGGGUGCAGAACGCCGGUUAGUGCCUUGGGCCUAUUGUUAAUUGGACUCUCGUUAAGCACCGCACAGUGGUCCGGUGCAAAGCGAAUCAAAGAGAAAGAUUUGGAAGUAAUCACGUUGGAGGAAGGAAAGUACACGACGGCUCGAAGGACGGCCCCAGUACUUCAGCUAAAUUGCCUUUCGGGGUGUGAACAAACUCCCAAGACAGUGCAAUGCUACAAUCGUGGUUGGGACGGCAACGGGAACAACUGGGAAUGCAAGGCCACGCUUCCAGCUGGCGUAUCCUUUGGUCAAAUGGAUGUCAACUGCGAAGGCUUCGAUUACCCGGAUGAUACAUAUAUUACCGUCGGUUCGUGUUCUCUAAGCUACCGACUUGUUGGGCGGGCUUCUUAUUCUAGCUGGAUCCCAGGAAAAGAUUCGAAUUCUAGGAGUGGUAUCAUGUUUAACCUGCUCUUCUAUGGUGUUACUUUUAUCCUUGUCAUCACUUUGUACAAGGCAUGUGUGCGUUCGAUGCGCUAUGCAAGCGAUUACGGCGAUGGGGGAUUUGGCACGGGAGGAUUUCCACCAGGAGGUCCUGGCUUCAGGCCUGAUUACUACGCGCCGGGUAAUGGCUGCGGUGGUAACAGACCACCGCUACCAAAUGAUGGGCUAGGCUUCUGGUCGGGAGCAAUGGCCGGUGGCUUGCUGGGGUACCUCUUUGGUAACCGAGGCGACGCCUAUGGAUAUGGCGGUAACUAUGAUUACGGGCAGCGGCAGUACCGCCAACCGUGCGACACCAUGGAUGAUAAUUUAAGACGUCGCGAUCGCUCUUAUAACGCUAGUGGUCAAUCAGCUUCAACAUCACAGUCGAGCACAGGCUACGCCACAAGUUCACGCCGCUAAAACGUCGUCGCAAUAUGACUUUGUGGAGAACAUCCUAUUAUCGCGGUUGUAAAUAGCACUCUUAGUGAAAAAUCAGGGUAGUUGCAUUCGAUUGAUGGAAUUGACGCCUAAUAAAUGACUCACCGAAAAAUUCGUGUAAGGAAUAACAGUUUUUGUAUAUGCAUAAAUACCUCAAUCUUAGCAGAAUUGAGAACGAUAUUGAGCUAACUAAAAGGGAAAAAACAGUCAGCUUCUAUCUGAACUAUCUCUUGUGUGAACGGUGCACGUAAGAAAAACUUGUAUAAGAUCUUUAAGUUAGUUUCGUGCUAUUGUAUUAUUGUGUUUCAAUGUGAAAGAAUACGGUCUGCGGAGAAUCAAACGUAAUAGAGGUUUGUGUACGUUGUCAACAAUUUACUGACAAUAUAAUUUUCAACAAUGAGAAUUCUACAUAAUAAAAAAUAAUCAUUAUUGCAAAUAAUAUAGUCAGUCAAACGCUCGUAAGAAUCAACAAAGACAUUGCAUCAAUAAAUUUUCGCGCUUGUGUGAGUGA